AAUGAAUUAAUUAAUAGGACAAUGGUAGAUGUUAGUGUUAUAAUACCAGUGUAUAACUCAGCUCAGUGGUUACAAGAGACACUAGAGUCCUUAUUGGUCCAAAGAUUUACUGGAAAAUGGGAAGUAUCAAUAUACAACGACUCUUCAACGGAUAAUUCAAUGGACAUAAUAAAGAGCUAUAAAGAUAAGUUCAUAUCCAAUGGGAUUGGAUAUGUAAUAGGAUCAGAUGAAUCCACAUCAAAACCUAAAGGAGUUGGGUAUACAAGAAAUAAGGCCAUAUCUCAAUCAUCAGGUGACUACCUUUGUCUACAGGACUCCGUUAGUGCAAUAUUUACAACUGUUUGCAUUAAUAUUGAAUUAAAUGUAAUAUUAUUAUUGCAGGAUGAUCUAAUGUUAGAAAAUAGAAUAUUACUACAAUAUCAACAAGCGGACGAUCACACACUGGUAGGUAGUAGAUUUAUUCGUGAACCGACCGACUCAACAAUUAGAUACACAAAAUGGGCCAAUACACUAAACUCAAAACAACUAUACACUCAAGCAUUCACAUCAUUUGGUCCUACAUUGAUAAUACCAACAUGGUUCAUGUCAAGGAGACUGUUUAAUAAAUACGGACCAUUUGAUGAAACUGGACAAGGGACUCCUGAGGAUUUAAUAUUAUUUUAUAAUUUAAUUAGAGGACGGGAAAGAGGAGAGGGGGUUGAACUGAAACGUGUUGAUGAGCCACUGAUUGUAUACAGAUACCAUAUUAAUAAUACUACACUCAGCAUUAAUGAAGAGACAAUAUGGGAGCUGAGAGUUAAAGCACUAGAAGAACACGUUUUAUCAAAAUGGAAGUAUUUUACAAUAUGGAAUGCUGGAAAGCAAGGAAGGAGAUUGUACAGAACAAUAUCUGAAGAAAAUAAGCUCAAAGUGAAAUCCUUUUGUGAUGUUGAUAGCAAGAAGAUCGAUAAAGGACAUUAUACUUAUGAAGAAAGCAAGGAGAAAGAAAAGCCUAAAGUGCCAAUAGUGCACUUUACCAAAGCCACACCUCCUUUUAUAAUCUGCAUUAAAUGGGAACUCACUGGCGGUGAAUUUGAAAAUAAUUUAUUGUCGUUAAAUCUAAUUGAAGGAAUAGACUAUUAUAAUUUCAGUUAAUAACUAUCAAUAACCACUAUUGCCUCAUUUUUCUUGUUCAGUUUCUGUCUUUGGUGGUACUAUUAAUAAUAAAAAUUA